AAACGGCAGCCCAGCCCGCACUACACGUAAAUCGGCGUCGUUUUUAGUAAAACGGCGCCGUUUUACGUGUUUUUGACUUUUUAAGGGUUUCGGCCUCCCACUCCGGGUGUCGCCUCUCUCGGAAUCCCGUUCCCUUCUGUCUUUUCUAACCCUAGCCGCACGGCCUCCCCCUCCGGGCCUCGAGGCUAACGAAGCAAAAAUCCGUUAGCCACAUCACGGAAUUAGAUUAUAGCAAUUCAAAAUAAAUUGGGAAAACAUGCCGUCUCUUCAAACUGCGCUGCCUCCUGAACUUGCCAACAAUGUGAUUAGACUUUACCGUGAAUGCCUUCGAAGAGCUAAAUAUAUUGGUCAUCGGCAACAUAAUACAGAGCUCCUUGUUGGUAUGGUGAGGCAGCAGUUCAAAAGAAACAUGCAAGAGACAGAUCCAGAAAGGAUUCAAAAGUUGAAGGACGAUGCGGCAAGGGGACUUAUAAAUCACAUACUAUAUGAGUCUGAGAAGAUGUCUGGUCGUAAAUUCAGCAAGAGCUUUUGAUGUUGUUUAGAAGAUCACUUUUAUGCUUCUUGAAGCUGUGAAAACUGCUAAUGCAGACCUUUCAAGUUUAGAAACCUGGAGAACAGUGUUUUACAUGCCUGGGUUGCUCUGCAUCUUCAGUUCUUUGGUGUUUUACUGUUUUCAACAGGGGAGAGAAUUUUUGAUUGAGUUUUCUUUGUUUCUUGUAAAGGUCAGAUCUGGCCGUCGAGAUCCAUUUUAUAAAUGUCUGCUGAUGAGCCUUGUGAUAUGCUUGUUUAGCAUGCCAUUCUAUGCAAGGAGGUUAUAUGAUGCAGCAGCCAACGAAAGAAUUUAAAGGGUAGCUUAGCUGUAGGAUAGAUACGUAUUGAUCAAUAUAUUCUUUGAUGUGCGACUGCAAAGAAUCUGCAACUCAGGGGGUUGCUAUAUUCAAUCAUGACGCCAUAAUCGAACAGGUUCUCAUCUGGCUCAUGAAGCAAUGUAUCUUUGUGAUAAGUUAAGGUGUAACUGACUGAUUGCAUAAGAAAAUAAAAGGCUCCAGCAAUAGAGCUGCUGACCUGCACAACUGGAUAAUGAGGAUUUGUUGCUU